CACUGCACCAUGCGUAAUUUUUUUAACCUAACCUAACUUUUUUGUAUAGUUAAUGAUUGUAAUUUUAAAAAUUCAAUGUCUUUUAUUACUAAAGCUAUAGUGAAUUCGUUACAUGGUAAAGUGGUUUAUUUGCAAAGGAUACAGACCUACGCAAGAUGGUCACAUAGACGACCUCGAAAGGUUUUUUCCGAGGAUGGUGAACUUCUGCAAUCAACUGCUACUGUUGAGACACCCUUAGUAAGUCCACCUCCGCCUCGUUCCACGCCUGAGACCCCAGAGCCUGCACAGCCAGAAAUUCAGGAAGUAAAACAGAAACGACGAAAACCCAAAUACAGUCAUGCAGUUAGCAACUCUCGAAUCACCGGUCUGCUGGAGACUAUCAUUGACGAUGACGGUAACCUCGUCUAUACAAAAUUAAAAGAUAACAAUUCCGCUAUCAGUCAGUUACUCUUAACGGUGAAAUCACGUAGGGACCAAAUCAAGAAAGAUUUGGCCCUACUGGAGGGAAAGCGUCUAAUUAAGGAGGCGUUGGAAGCGAAGUGCACGUUAAAAAGUUUAUUGUUCAGCAGAAAGAGCGACGUCGAAUAUCUGAAACCCUAUCUACCGAAAAGCGGCGCGAAAGUGUUUAAAAUUCCCUACCGUGAAAUACAGUUAUGGUCGGACCUUACCACGGCACCCGGCCUUAUGGGAAUUUUUAGAACUCCCGACGUUUCAAAGUACGGCGCGACCGACUCGCUGCCAAUAACUGUGAUCUGUGAUAACAUUCGUGAGCCGGGCAAUUUAGGAGCGAUCCUUCGGACGGUUGCGGGAGUUGGUGUGGAAAAAGUUCUUCUAACGAGCGGGUGCGUCGACUUGUGGGACACCAAAGUGUUACGUAGUGCGUGUGGUGCACAUUUUCAUGUCCAAAUUCAUAGGAAGCUCGAUUGGGCGGAAAUUUUAAACAUAGUUCAUGAGAUGCAAAGUGUCGUCUUUCUGGCAGACAAUAAGAUUGUUUCACAAACUGAGGGGCAAGAUGAGGGUGUGCCAAAAGCACGAAGCUUAGAGGAGAUUGUCGCUCAUAUGCAAUUAUUACCUUAUUAUAGUGUACAGUUUGCAAAUUUUCAAUCUGUUGCUUUAAUAAUCGGCGGUGAAACACAUGGACUUAGUGAGGAGUCUUUUCGAUUGGCUGACAGUGUUAACGGAGUGCGAUUGCACAUUCCUUUGAGCAACAAUAUUGAUAGCUUAAAUGCAGGUACUGCUUUAGGGGUUAUUUUGUUUGAAAUCAAGAAACAAUUGCUGCUUGCAAAGGCUGUGCAGCAGCAAAUAAAAAAUUGAUCUUA